CGCCAUCAUCCUUUCUCCAACUCCUUCCUAUCACCUCGCUGCUCCUUCCAUCAUCGCCCUGAUCGUUAUUCGUAAAGCUCAUUCUUUCGUUUCCUUUUCCUCGCUCAUUUUGCCUCCUUGCCUAUCAUGAAGGCUUCCUUGCUCACAGCUUCUGUGCUGCUGGGCUAUGCCUCCGCCGAGGUUCACAAGCUCAAGCUCAACAAGGUUCCCCUUACAGAGCAGUUCAUCACGCGCAACAUUGCCGACCAUGCAAAUGCCCUAGGCCAGAAGUACAUGGGCCAGUUCCAGCAGCAUGUACUUGAGGACGAGCCAGUCAACGCCAUGCGCGGUCACGAUGUGCUGGUCGACAAUUUCAUGAACGCCCAGUACUUCUCCGAAAUCCAGCUCGGUACCCCCCCUCAGACCUUCAAAGUUGUCCUUGACACAGGUAGCUCCAACCUAUGGGUGCCAUCGUCAGAGUGUGGCUCUAUCGCUUGUUACCUGCACCAGAAGUUCGACUCUUCUGCCUCGUCCACAUACAAGAAGAAUGGUAGUGAAUUUGCCAUCAAGUACGGAUCCGGCAGCUUGAGCGGAUUCGUGUCCAGGGACAACCUGCAGAUUGGCGACUUGAAGGUUAAGGGACAAGACUUCGCCGAGGCUACCAGUGAGCCCGGGUUGGCUUUUGCAUUUGGCCGUUUUGACGGUAUCCUUGGCCUCGGAUUUGACACCAUCUCCGUCAACAGGAUCGUCCCUCCGUUUUAUAACAUGAUCCACCAGGGUCUGCUCGAUGAGCCGGUCUUUGCUUUCUACCUUGGUGAUGCCAACAAGGAUGGCGACAGCUCCGUUGCCACCUUUGGUGGUAUUGACAAGGAUCAUUACGAGGGCGAGCUGAUCAAGAUUCCCCUUCGCCGCAAGGCCUACUGGGAGGUUGACCUUGACGCCAUUGCUCUUGGCGAUGAGGUUGCUGAGCUCGAGAACACUGGUGUCAUCCUCGACACCGGUACCUCUCUAAUUGCUCUUCCUUCCAACCUCGCUGAGAUGAUUAACACCGAGAUCGGUGCCACAAAGGGUUUCACUGGCCAGUAUACCAUUGACUGCGCCAAGCGCGACUCUCUUCCUGACCUCACUUUUACUCUGACCGGCCACAACUUCACCAUUGGUCCUUAUGACUACACCCUCGAGGUCCAGGGUUCCUGCAUCAGUGCCUUCAUGGGCAUGGACUUCCCCGAGCCAGUUGGCCCUCUUGCUAUCCUCGGUGACGCCUUUCUACGCAAGUGGUACAGCGUAUAUGACCUUGGCAACGGUGCCGUUGGUCUCGCCAAGGCCAAGUAAAGGUUAGGAAACUGUCGUUAAUGUGCCUAAACCGUUCUUGUUGGGCCGCUUGCUUCCGCUUGGGUGCAAAGCUCAAUCUGGACAGCUCGGCAGCUGUUUCUGUUAUGAUUUCAGGAUCUGAUUUCGAGGCUGAGCAGCACCUGUGGACCUUCUCUUCCUAAUCGACGAUUCAUUGUGAUAUUGUUGUGGUUUUAUCGUUACUGAAUUUCGUCCGAGCUAGUGGUGCCUUGACUUCAAGUAGCAUUUAGAACUGUAGUCAGGAAUGGCCAUUU